GUCAUACUUUACAACUUUACCACAGCAUCGGCAUCCCAGGGUCCAGAUGGGGGCGGUGUGUCCGCGUGAGAAUCAAGUUCUCCAUAGCAACCACCCCCUACCUGCAUAGCAACCUCCUCCUCCUCCUCCUCUCGGUCUAGCCGCAGCUGAAGUGAUGCUGCCGCUGCUGGGAUGCAGUAGCCUACGACCGAGUAGACGUACAACAAACAAUGUCUCCCUCAUUGGUCGGUGUCUCACUCCACAGCGUCGUUAUUCACCCGCACAUUGGCGUCAACUCGACUCUUUCCACGGCGUCUUCAUGAGCUGACGGUUCUUCACCGCUCGUGAUCAGUUGUUCACCAUGUUACAAGUUGGGGACGAGUGGAUGUAUUUCGCGGUGGUCUUCCUGUUGACACUGUCGGGCACCCGCAGCGCCACGGGAGCCUCGGUGCUCACCGCGUCGCUCUACGUGUUCCUCGUGAUGUUCCGGUUCCCCCCGGUGCCACUGGAGCAGGCGAGCCGCGUGCUGCGGCCCAACGGUCUGUCCAGCGACGUGCCGGUGGUGGCGCACCGCGCGGCCGGUCACGACGCGCCGGAGAACACGCUGGCUGCGAUUCGAGAGGCCAGCAGGAACGGGGCCACAGGGGUGGAGCUGGACCUGAGCUUCACCGCCGACGGGGUGGCCGUCCUGCUGCACGACGACACCGUGGACCGCACCACCAACGGCUCCGGGCCAAUCAGCGGAUUGCGCCUGGCCCACGUCAAGAGCCUGGAUGCGGCCGCUCGCCACCGGCUGAGGGGGGAGAGGUUUGGGGUACAGAUAGUUCCCACUCUGCAGGAGGCGUUGCAGGAGUGCAUCAAACACAGUCUGACCAUCUUCGUCAACGUGAAGCGUUACCCCGAUAAGGCGGCGGCGGCGCUGGCUGAGAUGUACCGGCGCCACCCUGUCCUCUACAACUCCAGCAUCGUGUGCUCCUUCGAACCCAAGGUCAUCUACAAGAUGCGCCAGGCGGACCCCCACGUGGUCACGGGCCUCACCCACCGGCCCUGGAGCCUGAGUCGCCAUAGCGACGGGACCCCGCGCACGCCGUCGUCGUGGGCGCAGUUCUGGAGCGAGCUGCUGGACGUGCUGCUGGACUGGGCCCACCACCACCUGCUGUGGGACCUCUGUGGCGUCUCCGCCGUCCUGGUCCACAAGGACUUCAUCUCCCUGGACUACGUCCAGUACUGGGCGGGCCGGGGGGUGGAGGUGGUGGGCUGGCCGGUCAACAGGGCGGUGGAGAAGCACUACUACCAGGACCUACUGAAGAUCAGCUACGUCACGGACAGCCUGCUGGAGGACUGUGACCCCCAGUACUGAGGGGUCACACUGGGGGCCAGACUGGGGUCACUCUCGGGUCACACUAGGGUCACACUAUGGUCAUUCUAGGGUCAUGGUACUAACUAUGGACCCGUGUGUAGAGAUUCAGGAGCAGUCCCAGCUCUCAAAGUGAUCGUACAAGAGGAUGAUGGUGUAUGAUAACUCAUUACACACACACACACACACACACACACACACACACACACACACACAC